CGGUCGUUUCGCGUUUAGAAACUGGAGCAGCUGCAACGGGAAAGAGCGAACCAGUGUGCGCUUUUUUAUUGGUUUUACGCAAAGGUGAGCGCAGAAGUGCAUUCAUUUUCGCCGAGGAGUGUAGCUGCAUUGUUGAAUAAAUAGGCCAAAACACGAUGAAUGUUUGUGUGGAUUGAAAGCAGCACGAUACCGUGUUUCAUUUCGGCCUGUUUCCUGUUUUUGAACACAUGUACUGCAAAUCGCUACUCGUUCAUCUUUAUAAAGAGUAACUAUUGCACUUGGAAGAGCAUCACUGCGAUGUUGGCUGGAGAGGACGGCGCCCAGCUGCAGUGCUGUGUGACGGUGGAGCAGCUGAACGCCUCCGGCCAAACCACCCGGAGGCAGGUCAUGCGAAAGGCCUCGGUUGUUCUGGGCCGCAACGAGUUCCAGGAGAUCAUCCUCCGCGUCCACGACGGAAAAGUCCCCCAGAGCUUCCAGCUGAGAGAGUUCAAGCUGUUCACCAAGUUCGUCAGAGAUGGGAAGUGCACCGUGAAGCUGCUGCCCGCCAACACCCAGGUGCUCAUGUCCAACUGUCCUCCUAAUCAGCUGAGCGUCUUCCUCAAAACGCUGAGCAUCAAGCAUCAGGCCCUGCAGGGCAACAGGCCUCUGAGCGACAGAGACAAGCUCAAGGCGGGUCUGCCGCGCAGCUUCGAGGCCAUCAGCCCGCUGCAGCAGAAGGACAUCCACAAGGUCAAUGAGAUGAGAGGCAAAGUGGCCCUGUCGGAUCGCACCAACAGGGCGACGGCGGCGGGAACAGGGCAGCAGGUCAAAAGGUCCAGGAGCGACUGUAACUUCAGCCCAGUGAAGGCCAACCCAAGUAAGAGGCCGAUCCUGUCUCUGCCAUCACAAAAGCUGAAUAAAGAGCAGGCUGCUGUCCUUAGUGCAGUCCUGAGUGGCAAGAAUGUCUUCUUCACUGGGAGUGCAGGUACAGGAAAGUCUUUCUUGCUAAAGAGAAUCGUGGGAUCUCUGCCUCCAAAGAGCACCUUUGCCACCGCCAGCACAGGAGUGGCUGCGUGUCACAUUGGAGGAACCACGUUGCACAACUUUGCAGGUAUUGGCUCAGGCUCUGCCCCACUAGAGCAGUGCAUCGAGCUGGCUCAGAGGCCCGGAGUUCUGCCGCACUGGACCAGCUGUCGACACCUCAUCAUUGAUGAGGUCUCCAUGGUGGAAGCCCAGUUUUUUGAUAAGCUGGAGUCAGUGGCCAGGUCAGUGAGGAGGUCGACUGAGCCGUUCGGGGGCAUCCAGCUGAUCGUAUGUGGCGACUUCCUCCAGCUGCCUCCUGUUGCUAAGGGAAAGGAAAAGGCCAGAUUCUGUUUCCAGGCCAGGAGUUGGCGUAAGGUCAUCCAGGUCAACAUGGAGCUAACGGAAGUGAGAAGGCAAACGGAGCAGUCCUUCAUCUCCCUCCUGCAGGCAGUGAGGCUGGGCAGGGUGACGGAGGACGUCACCGCUAAGCUGAUGGGAAGCGCCUACCAUAAUAUUGAGCGAGAUGGGAUUCUCGCCACCCGGCUGUGCACGCACAAGGAUGACGUGGAGCUCACAAACGACAACAAACUGCAGCAGUUGCCAGGUGCAGUGCGUGUGUUUGAGGCUCUUGACAGCGACCCAGCCCUGGUGAAGACUAUAGAUUCUCACAGCCCGGUCAGCAGACUGCUCCAGCUUAAAGUGGGAGCACAGGUCAUGCUGACAAAGAACCUGGAUGUCUCCCGGGGUUUGGUCAACGGAGCGCGAGGGGUUGUGGUAGCUUUUGAGACUGAAAAACAUGGACUCCCACGUGUGCGUUUCCUGUGUGGUGUUACAGAGGUGCUGAAGCCUGAGCGCUGGGUCUUUAAAUCCGGUGGUGGGAUUCACCUUAGUCGACAGCAGCUGCCACUCAAACUGGCCUGGGCCAUUUCCAUCCACAAGAGCCAGGGAAUGACGCUGGACUGUGUGGAAAUUUCCCUGGCUCGCGUGUUUGAGAGUGGACAGGCUUACGUGGCCCUGUCUCGAGCUCGGAGCCUUGAGGGUCUGCGGGUCAUGGACUUUGACCCACGGGUGGUGCGAGCAGACCCAGAUGUUCUCCUCUAUUACAAGAGACUGAGAAAGGAGAGGCUACUCAUGCAGGCCUCCAUGGAUGAUUUUGUUGGUAACUGUAAUAGAUAAAUCUCCUUCUGGAAAGUUAAAUGGAUUAUUCUGUGACUUUUUUUAUGCACCAUGUGCAUGGCUUUUGUUCCAUUAGUCCCCUGACCGUUUGUUUCGUUUUUAAAUGGCUGCAACCAGACAAAUACUACCUCAAGGUUCCUCUUAACCAGCAGUAGUUGAAGUCACACUGCCACCAUGUGAUCAGGUUUAUUAUUGUAACUGUUUUUAUUGUGCUUUGACUUUAUUUAUUUUUAACUGUUCAUUAUUUUCAAAUAAAGUUUGUGAAAUUG